AUGUCCGGGCUGCCGGGCCGUCUACAUUACAAGCGAUCAUCUUCGCAUAGAUUCCAGCAAAUACCGGAGAUGGCUUCGGAAGACCGUCGCAACCCCAAUGAUGCGACAAUUGAUAUUCCUCUCUCAAACAUUUCCAGUCGAGGGCAGACGCGGACACAACAAGAUACGAGCUAUGAACCUCAUUCUGACUUCUCGACCCCGUUCGAGAACAAUGAGAAGGGAGACCUUUCUCAUCAAGGCCCAGGUCGGCGCAGAAGGCUGGCCGACAAAGAUGCGAAAAACAUGGAAGAUCCGCAAGAUGGCUCUCUGAACCGCCUGGGGCGAAUGUAUACGGCCAUCCUGAAUUUCUCAGUCGUCACGAGAUAUAUCAUCUAUGUGUCUCCUCUCGCGUUGCUGAUUGCGGUCCCAAUCAUUGUUGGAGCCACGGAUGUAGGACAGAAUGCAAAGAUCGGAGGGGUCAAGAUUGUCUGGUUCUUCACUUGGAUCGAGGUAGUCUGGCUGAGCUUGUGGACGUCCAAGCUGGUGUCGCAUACCCUGCCGUAUGUCUUCCAAUUUCUUUGUGGCAUUGUCAGUUCGGGAACGCGUAAAUAUGCGCUUAUCUUGCGAGCUUUGGAGAUCCCCAUGUCACUUGUGUUUUGGUGCAUCGUCUCACUGGUGACGUUCCUGCCGAUCAUGACUCUCAACCCUGAUAACAAAAGGGAAAAUGACACUAGCACGAAGUCAUGGGAGAAGACGAUCAAGAAUAUAUUGUUCGGUUUCCUCGUCUGCAGUAUAAUCUUUCUGGGAGAGAAGCUCAUUGUCCAGCUCAUCUCCGUCAGCUAUCACCGGAAGCAAUUUGACCUCAGGAUCAGAGCGUCGAAGCAUAACAUCUAUCUCUUGGGAGAGCUGUAUGAGGCAUCGCGGAAACUCUUCCCUGAAUUCUGUAAAGAAUUCAGAGAAGAGGAUGAAAUCGUUUCUGACUCGCUCCUGGCGACCAAGAAAGGCAAACACUCCAAACAUCUCAGUGCUACGGUACCUCUUCGCCUGAUGCGAAAUGUUGGAUAUACAGCAGGACGUAUUGGUGAUAAGAUGACUGCAGCUUUCGGUAAUGUCGCACAAGAAAUCACUGGACAACAACUCUUCAAUGUUUCUUCGUCGCAUUCGAUCGUGCUUAGGGCUCUAGAGCGGAAAAGGGCGUCGGAGGCUCUUGCUCGACGUAUCUGGAUGUCUUUCGUUGUGGAGGGCAAUGACACGCUGUCCCUCGAGGAUAUCGUCGAAGUCCUUGGUCCUGAAAGACAAGCAGAGGCUGACGAGUGUUUCGCUAUUCUGGACCGUGACGGCAACGGCGACGUGAGCCUGGAGGAGAUGAUUCUCACGGUUACUGAGUUAGGAAGAACCAGUAAAUCGCUCGCUAAAAGUAUGCAUGAUGUCGACCAAGCGAUUCAUGUCCUCGAUAACCUUCUCCUAACGGUGGCAUUCAUCAUCAUGGUCCUGGUAUUCAUAUCUUUUGUGACCAGUGGUUUUGGUACUGUUAUCGCUGCAGGUGCCACUUCUCUGCUAUCUCUUUCGUUCGUCUUUGCGACAACUUGUCAAGAGGUCCUCGGUUCCUGUAUCUUCUUGUUCGUGAAACAUCCGUUCGAUGUUGGCGACCGUGUGACCAUCAACAACGAAGACCUCAUUGUCGAGCGGAUCUCUCUUCUAUUCACAGUUUUCCGAAGCAUCGAUGAUCAGCGGACUACCCAAUGCCCGAAUAUCGUCCUGAACACAUUGUGGGUCGACAACCUCACACGCUCGGAUGCUAUGCGCGAGCGUCUCACUUUGACCGUCGACUUUGGUACCAGCUUUGCCGAUGUCCAAUUGCUGAAGAAGGAGAUGGAGAAUUUUGUGCGGGACAAGGAAAACUACCGUGAUUUUCAGCCGGAUGUGGACGUUGAGGUUCUCGGGAUAGGCAAUAUGGACAAGCUUGAGCUCAGGGUCGAAAUCCGUCACAAGUCCAACUGGUCCAAUGAAAGCAUCCGCGCCACCCGCCGUUCGAAGUUCAUGUGUGCACUCGUUGUCGCUGUUCGCAAAAUCCCGAUCUACGGCCCUGGAGGUGGCGGGGCUGCUUUGGGCGAUCCGUCAAACCCAUCGUAUUCAGUCAGCGUCACCGAUGAGCAGGCUAAAGCAUAUCGCGAGAAGGCUGCCCAGGACAAGGAGGCUGGGCGUAUGAUUCCAAAGAGCCAGCUGAAGGACCUGAAGUCACUUACGGAGUCGCCAAUACUCGAAGCAAAAUCCACUGGAAUUGAUCUCGGCAACUCAACAAGUAGUGUUCAGCAUCGAGGUGCCGCAACUCCGGCAGACGCUGAUGCUGCAUUUAUUAGUGCCCUCACCGCUCGAGCGCCAGGUGAAGACAAAGCACGUCCAGAAGACGACAACCUCUAUCGUGCUGCAAGUGGCAGCACGGCCGGUGGCCCUAAUGCCGACACCAACGAAACCACUGGUCUGCUUCGCGAGGUCUCUACGGGAAGACGAAAGAAGAGCACCACCACCUCUCGACCUGGAACAGGUGCCGCCGUUGCACCCGCUAUAUCUGCACCCGCAGAAUAUGAGGAAUACAGCACCUACUACGACCAAGCUGAAGAAGGACCGAGUCAUCCGUAUCGGCAGCAGUACAUGUCCCAGCCUGGUCGUCCAUACGAGUCCACGCCUGCCAUUACCGAGACCGCACCAACCCCCUCUUUGCAGGUACCCUCUGCCAGAAGACCUGUUCAAGGCAGCGCUAUAUCCAGCCACUCGUCUCAUUCGCAGAACCCGCCUUCAGAAUCCGGAUCAAUCUGA